GCACGGAGGUUUGACUUUAUCACCGUCUUCUCUUCUCGUCUCUUCUCUUUACACGGAGAGGUGGAGAGAGAUUUCCAAAAACCGAGUCACUGACUCAGUCUCCCCGAUCCCUUUCACGGCUCAGGUGUUCUCCUCAUUCUCUCUCUUCCUUUAGUUGUUCGCCGGCCUCUUUCUCGAGAAAAUUCUCCAUUUUCCCGCAAACUUGGACCUUUUUGCAUUCCCUUUUUUUUUCAUUAUUUUAUAUAUAAAUCUCUAUCAACAAAGAAUGCCUUCACCAAUUCUGUCUUUUUCUCUUUGUUUUUUAGUCCAAUUCUCGAGACGCCUUCUUUUCCUUUUUAUCUUUCUUCAAUCCAAAUUCAUGUUCUUUUCUUUUAUCUUCUCCGAUCACUAGAGAUCGUCGUCCCAUUGAUUUGAUACGACGUCGUUUAUUUUUUUUGGUUAACGGAGGGAGAUACCGGAGAUGGGAGCAGUAGACCAAGAAGGAAUUGCUCGGCAGUUCUGGAUCAAGUCGAAGAGACACUGGAUUUUUGCCAUGUACAGUCCUUUCUUUCUUAGCUUGGCUGCCGGUAAUCUGGAGUCUCACUCUUUCCUCCAUUUUAUCUCCCAAGAAGUCCAUUUUCUCAAAGCAUUCGCUCAGGCAUACGAACUAGCUGAAGAAUGCGCUGAUGAUGAUGAAGACAAAAGCGCGAUUCGCAAGUUGAGAGAACGCGUCAAAGACAGGCUUAAAAAUUACGAAACUAUUGUCCGUGAAUGGGGCUUUGAACUUCCCCCAGAGAGUACUUCCAUUGUUGCCACUGCUAAAUAUGCAGAUUUCUUGCUGGCAACAGCUUCGGGAAAAGUUGAAGGAGAAAAAGUUCCUGGUAAAAUUGCAACUCCUUUUGAGAGGAUAAAACUGGCUGCUUACACACUUGGUGCCAUGGCACCAUGCAUCAGACUAUAUGCCUCUAUAUGUAAAGAGAUACAUCAUCUUCUUGAUCCAGAGGAUAGCAGUCAUAUUUACAGGAAGUGGGUAGAUAAUUAUUGUUCUGAAAACUUUGAGGUAUCAACUCAGCAAAUAGAAGAAGUGCUGGAUAAACUAAGCAUCUCUUUGACAAACGAAGAACUUGAGGUCCUAGAAAAGCUAUAUCUUCAAGCUGUGAAACUCAAAGUGGAUUUUUUGUCUGCUCAACCAAUUGUCCAGCAAACAAUAGUGCCUUUGUCAGGGGUGCAAGGCCCUGCUGAUUUCCACCUCACUGUAUUUUGUGAUUUUGACAUGACAUGCACUGCUGUUGAUUCCUCUGCCUUUUUAGCUGAAAUUGCAAUAAUAACAGCACCAAGGGUGGAUCUUGGUGGAUCUGAAACCAAACUCACUCGGAUGUCAUCAGCUGAUUUGAGGAAAACGUGGGGUGUUCUUUCAGCCCAGUAUGUGGAAGAACAUGAUCAAUGCAUAGAAAGCAUCAUAUCUAGUGAAAGAGUUGGAAAUUUUAAUUAUGAAGGUCUGAGUAAGGCUCUUGAACAACUUGCUGACUUUGAGAAAAGGGCAAAUUCAAGAGUGAUUCAGACAGGAGUGUUGAAGGGUUUAAGUGUCCAGGAUAUAAAACGAGCUGGUCAACAACUUAUUUUUCAAGAUGGCUGUAGAGGAUUUUUCCAAAAGAUUCUGAGAAAUGAAAAUUCAAAAACUGAUGUUCAUGUCCUUUCAUACUGCUGGUGUGGUGAUCUCAUUAGAUCAGCGUUUUCAUCAGGAGAUCUAAAUGUUGUGCAAGUACAUUCAAAUGAGUUGGCUUAUGAAGAAACUAUUUCAACGGGUGAAAUUGUUAGGAAAGUAGAGUGCCCAAUGGAAAAACUUCAAGCUUUUAAUGACAUCUUAAAGGACUGCAAUACGGAUUGCCAGCAGUUGACUGUGUAUGUUGGAGGCUCAGUGGGUGACUUGCUUUGCCUGCUCAAAGCUGAUAUAGGUAUUGUGAUUGGUUCAAGCCCAAGCCUACAGAGGCUGGGAGAUCACUUUGGCAUCUCUUUUGUUCCAUUAUUCUCUGGUAUGGUGAAGAAACAGAAGGAACUAGUUGAAGGUGGCUCUCCUAAUUGGAAGGGUCAGCCAGGCGUUUUGUAUACAGUCUCUAGUUGGGCAGAGAUACAUGCAUUCAUUUUGGGAUCAUAAUUUAUGAUCUCUUUACUAUUGUCUUGUUAGAAUAAACAUCAAGGGAAAUGAAUAUACAUAUAUAGAAUAUAGACUAUAGGUGGUGGCUAAAUUUUUACCACAGGGCCACAGGCUAGCCCUUAUCUUUUUCACUUCAGGGAAUGCCAUCCAGAUAAAAAGGUAUAUUGUAGUUAGUUUUACAAGAGUCAGGUUAUUACAAAAAGCCCUCUCUUCUCACUUCCUUUGUUCACUUAUUACAAAUUGCUUUUGAAGCUUCUUGCCAUUGAACUUCAAAAUUCACAGUUCUUCAGUCAGUGGUAAAUUUCAUGGCUGGAAUGGAAAUAGAAAGAGGUCCAGUUGUUAAGAUAUAUUUGUAAUUGUAUAGUUUUGUUUCAACAAAUGUUUUUAUUUAUUGCUUGCUCAUAAAUUUUAUCUGUAGAAGCUAUUAGAAAAAUGUAUGGAACAUUGUGCUUUCCUCUAUAAAUGGGAUACAAUUUGUAAUUGUAUAUCAAUGCUCCAUACUGCAAGUAUUUUAAGGCCCUAUUUGUUUCGCGCAAAAUAAUUUAUAUUUGAAAAAUGUCUUUUA